GUAACUGGGAGAGGAAGCGGCCGGUGUGGGUGAUGCUGAUGGUGAACAGCCUGACGGAGAGCGACAUCCGGAGCCGCGGGGUACCGGUGCUUGAUCUGUACUUGGCGCAGGAGGCGGAGCGGCUCACCAAGCAGACCGGCGCCGUGGAGCAUGUGGAGGAGCAGUGCGUCCCCCUCAACGGCCUCAACUUCUCGCAGGUGGUCUUCGCGCUCAACCACACACUGGCGCAGCAGGAGAUCCUGAGGGAGGGCGAAGGGCGGCUCACCUACACCACGGACCACCUCAUCACGCACUACAACUGUGGUGACCUGGAUGCCGUGAUCUUCUCGCAGGACACGACGCAGGUACCACACUUAGGCAACACGUCCUUACCGCCCUUGGACGCCGCCAUCGCCACGCACAUCGACGAGUACUUCCGCGAGGAGCUCAUCUACCGCCGCAACCAGCGCAUGGGCCGCCGCGUCGUGGAGAUCCUGCGCGACAACCCCGACCAGAGCUUCUUCUUCGCCUUUGGAGCAGGCCACUUCCUCGGUAACCACACCGUGCUGGACGUGGUGCGUGCUGCGGGCCUGGCGGUGCAGCACGUGGGCCCAGAAACCAGGAUAAAGAGGCAUAAGCGGCGGCGCGGCGGCCACAGGGGCGGGCUGGUGCCUGAACCCUCGGUGCUCAAGGACUUCACCAGCACCCUCGACGCCCGCCACCAGCACGACCCCGCCUUCGCCAAGAUCUUGUCGCAGCAGACGGCGGGAGGGCGCGGGCGACGGCCGGGCACCCCCACCACCACGCAGCCCUUCUGUACACCCGCCCCGUUCAAUGAUCUUUGGGUUAGAAUAGAUCCCGACCCGCCCACGUGGUAUGACCAGCACUCGUGUAGCUACCACGAGGCGGCGGCCAACGAGGCGACGACGACCAACGAGCCUGUGGACCCCCGAGACGAGGAGCUGGUGCGGGAGUCCCUCAGGGUGUGGUACGGCCUCCCCGCCGCCACCCGUUCCGCCACGCCCCAAGCCGCCACGCCCACCCCCGCCGUCCUUCUGCUGAUGAUGCUCCUGCUGGGCCUCCUACACGUCAGCAGCCCGUCACUACCUCAGCCACGGUGGGUUUCGCGAGAUGAAUAA